CAGUGUUGCUUCCUAAGUGGACAGUUUGAUUUCACAGAAAUUUGAUUUACUAUUUGCUAUUGUGUUGUUUAAGUGUCCCCUUUAUUUUUUUUUUAGCAGUAUAUAAUUUUGACCAUGUGUGGAUUAUAAAGAAAUCCACAGAAAAUUCAAACUUCUUUGUGUUUUAGUUUUUAAAAAUCAAUGCUGUUAUUUGUUGGGUAACCAGUCCACAUUUUCUUCAUUUAUUAAAACAGGUUUUGAAAGAAAAGGGGCUAUUUAAACAAGAAGAGUCACAUUUUUACAGAACAAUACAUAAAAAACAAAAAAUCUUAUGCGAGGAUAAAUAUGAUGUCUCCAUCUUUGGAGAGAACCGGGGACUAUGACUAGUAAUGGUUCUUAAGACUUUAUGUUUAGUAAUCAUAAAAUAUUUAGAAAUAUGCUGACUGUUCUUUAAAAUUGUUUGAAUAUUUAGCACAAGCAGAUGAUGCAAAGUCCACACACACUCUCACACACACCCACACUUACAAAUGUGCACAUGCACACUAGCACAAGAACAACCUCACAGAGACAAUGAUGUUGAUAAAGUAAGUAGUAUUUGGGGGAGUAUUGAAUAUUUAUUUUCCUUUUGAUCCAAUGGUCAUCAAGGAUGUACUCUGAUUUAUUUAGGCAUAAAAUGUAAACAUAGUAGUUAUAGUCAGGACUAUUUUAUUAUAUAAAAGCCAAGGUAAACUUUAUUUUUGUUCCAUAAUAUGUGAUUAACUGCGGCAACCUGCACGCACAUGACUGUGCACCAUAAUAACCUGCAUCCCUCAGUUAACAUCUGCCUCCUCCCGGGGACACAGACUGAUCGGGGUGGGCACGGAGCAGCAGAUGAGAGUCCUGACUGAUCCCAGGCCUGCUCACUGGAUCACAGCGGACGUGCGUCGCAUAUAAUAGAAGACGCUGCUGCUCCCGCUGUGUGUGUCGAGCCCAUACCGACGCCCCGAACCUAUUACCUUGGUUCCAGCAGGGAAAGAAACACCCAAACAUUGUCAGUUUGUUAGUAAUUUGAGCAGCAGGUUAGCCGGGCUGGGCAUGCGUGAUUCCCGCGGAGCGCUGCUGUUUGACGCUGUGUGGAUUUUCAUCCUAGGAGGCGAACCGGAGAGUUCUGCCGCCAUCGGAGGGAAGCUCUGAUGCGCUUUCUGAGCGGAUUGUCGCCUGCUGUGUGGACGCCCUCUGAAAUGGUGUAUAAUCCCAAAGCAGGCUGCCUCGACUCUACAGCGAUGAGUGACAGAAGGGAAAAUGGGGCUUUUUACACCGGACGCUUCUGAGAUGAGGGAUAAGAAGAGGAAGAGAAAAAAAUUGCAGUUUGGUUUUAGCCCUGGGCGGACAGGAGGGAUGAUUUGAUGAGGGGAUACGCUCUGCCUCGGCAGCAUUCAUGGCAAACACAAGCGAGUACGGGGAGAGCAGCGCUUCCUUACAGAGCUUUGCGUCCACGGCCUCUGCGGUCAAGCUGGCCUCCCUGGGGCUCAUCAUGGGCAUGAGCCUGCUGGGAAACGCGUCGCUGUCCCUGCUGCUCCUGAAGGACCGCUCGCUGCACAAGGCUCCCUACUACUUCCUGCUGGACCUGUGCCUGGCGGACGUGCUGCGCUCGGCCGUCUGCUUUCCCUUCGUGAUGGCGUCGAUCAGCGCCGGCUCCGCCUGGCCGUACGGCACACUCAGCUGCAAGAUCGUCGCCUUCAUGUCGGUGCUCUUCUGCUUCCACGUCGCCUUCCUGCUCUUCUGCGUCAGCGUCACCCGCUACAUGGCUAUCGCCCACCACCGCUUCUACUCCAAGCGCAUGAACCUGUGCACCUGCGUGGCGGUGAUCUGCAUGGUGUGGACCCUCUCCGUGGCCAUGGCCUUCCCGCCCGUGUUCGACGUGGGCACCUAUAAGUUCAUCCGCGAGGAGGAGCAGUGCACCUUCGAGCAUCGCUACUUGAAGUCCAACGACACGCUGGGCUUCAUGCUGAUGCUGCUGGUUAUCGUGGGGACCACCCAUGUGGUUUACAUUAAGAUGCUGUGCUUCGUUUACGACCACCGCAAGAUGAAGCCGGCCCAGCUGGUCCCGGCUAUCAGCCAGAACUGGACCUUCCACGGGCCCGGAGCCACCGGGCAGGCUGCCGCCAAUUGGAUCGCCGGCUUCGGGCGCGGACCUACGCCACCGACGUUGGUGGGUAUCAGGCAGGCGUCGCAUCCUGGCAACAGGAGGCUGCUGGUGCUGGACGAGUUUAAGACGGAGAAACGCAUCGGGAAGAUGUACUACUUGAUCACACUGUCCUUCCUCAUUCUGUGGGCACCUUACAUUAGCGCCUGCUACCUGAGGAUAUUCGCGCGGGGGCCCCCUGUUCCGGAGCUCCACCUGAGCGCCGCUGUGUGGAUGAGCUUCGCCCAGGCGGGGGCCAACCCCAUCAUCAGCUUCAUGUUCAACAAGGAGCUCCGGAUGAGACUCAGAGCCUGUUUUUCCUGCUGCCUGGGAACUCAAACCCCCAUGGAGCCAUACUGUGUCAUUUGAGCCCCCCUUUCCAACUAUACAGCCAAAGACAAAUUUAUACACUAAAAACUGCUGGGUUAAAAUAAUCGAAUCUGGAUAAUUUUGCAGACACUCAAAUAGGCACUUGGGUACAGGAUUGCGUUAUUGGAGCAGCAUACACUGAUUAAACAAAUUGUUAGGAUUUCACAAACAAAAGUGUUGUAACAGAUUGUAUACAUUACAUUUGGGUAGAUUUAAAUCAGUAUAUCGGAGUAAAAAUUCUAAAUCCGUUCAAUGCCAUCAAGUUUUGAAAAUGAAGUUAAUCAACUAAAUUAGAUACAUUCUAACUAAUUAAGUUCACUUUGCUUAUUUGGUUUUCCUCCAAAGUUAAAAAGAAACAAGAAACACUAAUUAGUUUGUAAUUAUGUCGUAAAAUAGUAUUAUGUUUGAUCAUUAUAAAUAGUCAUAAACAGGAAUGUGUCCAUGCCGGCUAACAUAAAGAUACGAAAAGGUUCACAUAAAGGAGAUUUGAAAAGUUUAUGGGAAAACUAGAAAUCUUUUUUGUAAAUUUUUUACAAAAUAUGUUUCAAAGAAUCUGUGACCAGCAUGGAUUAGUCCAGCCCAGGUUUGACAGCUCCAGUUAUGUGGUAAUUGUUUCGUCAAACUCUAGGGGGUUGUAAUGAUAAAACAGAUUGAAAUGGCUUCCUUUUGUGUUUUGAAAAAUGUCAAACUGAGUUUUAAAGAAUUUAACUUUCUGAUUUUUGAUUUGGUUUCUUUUCAAACAGGGAAAGCCCAAAGUGAACCAAAACCACUUGAGAACAUUCAGGUUGUGUAUUGGUCUAAUGUGUCCGGUGCGGGAGUACCAAGUGUGAAUACACAAAGCAGAUGCAGUCUCCUGAACUAGAAAACAUGGAGAAUUUAUUCAUAUCAUUAGUGUGUUUCUGGGUACUAUGUCAGGCCAAAUUAUAGGAGAGUAUACUGAAUGAUUUUGAGAAGACAUCUUGAAAGCUGCACAGGGCUUUAUGCUUCACGAAAAAGACAUGCAGCCAUUGUUUAUUAAUUUGUUUACCCUACAGCAUCCCACAAUGCAACGCAAGCCCAGCUAUGUGGCAUACACCCUUAGAUUUUGAAUUAGACGCGCAACUUAAGUCCAGGUUCCUUAAAAACCAAAAUAGUGUUUUACUUUAGCAUCAAUAGGAAAUUUUGAAGGAGAUGCUAACUUUCGUGUCGUUAACGACUAUUUGCCACACUCAGUAUUCUCACAGUUUUUAUAAAUCAGUUGAAUCUUGCUAGUCGCUCCAUCUAACAAGAUACAGUUAUAAUCUGUCAUAUCGUCACCAAACUAACAUAAUGGCCUAAGUCAUUUUUUCAGGUUUUUCAGGAAACACCAAAACUUCACAAAAUAUAUAUAAUAUUUAUUAUCAAUUUCACCCAAAAAGGUAUUAACAACACAUGAGUGUUGACAUAGCCAUUUGUUAUGGUCCUUUUUAUUAACCUACAUAUCUUUCUCGAAUAGAUAAUAUAAUGUGGAAAAUUAAAAGAAAACAGUUGAUGAAGUAAUCUUGAAAAAAAAUAAAAAUGUUGACAAAAAACGAUUACUUGUUACAGCCUAUAUUGUGAUAAUCCUUAUCACUUAUCAAUAGGGGAUGAGCUAUAAUGAAAAUGGCUUUAGUGGCUCAGUAGUUUUAGGUUUUUCCUGAAGCGGUUGCCAUUUUGAAAAGCCUGUAAAAAAAGUCACUCUUUCGACGUAGGCCAUUACAACAGGCAUGGAACUGACAGUUUUACAAGAGGUGGUUAGCAUCAUGAGGAGAUGAUUUAGGCAAAAAAAAAAAAAAAUUUUGGCAAAAAUGGCUAUUAUUUUAGAAAGGUGACGAAAUUUCAUCAGGGUUAACUACCAAACGGAUCUGAAUCACAGUCACUGGGAACAGGAGUGUAAUUUAAAGUUCUGGAUAAUUGGCUAGUAUACAACUGAGUUAAAUUUUGAAUGAGAAUUUAUCUACAUAAUUAAUUAAAAUACUUACAAACAACCGAAAAUAAAACUGGUAUGUGAUUGUUUAAGUAUAUUGGUGGGAAAUGAUUUGUUUGAAGGUAGAAAAUGAAAGUAGGAAGAAGGAAUUAGCAAUGCAUAGGUAUGAAAUGGGGGUACAAAUUAGAGAAAGAGAAUUUCAAUAGUCUUUCGAUAAUAAUAUUAAUAACAAACAAAAUCAAUAAUGUAACACUACCAAACAAAAUGAAAUGACAAAAAAAAAAAAAAACACUGUAUAAAAUACUUCCUGUCAAUACUAACUUUAUUACCAGUUCUUGGUCAAAGUGUGAAACUUGAACUUAGCUAGCACUAGCUUGUACCAACAACUUAGCAGCUAAAAGGCUUAAGUAAAAAAACUGGCUGUUUAUUGGGAAAUAAAAUCAGUAACACAAACCACUGAGAUAAAUGUUAUUAUACUGCAUCAUUUUACCAUCUUACCAUUACAUUUUCACGUGGAAGAGGACCAGUGACGUCAGAUUGGGUUGUUUACAAUGUUCAGAAUGGCCGGCUGUGAAGAAUGAUGGUCUCUUCUUUAACCAAACAAACUUUUUUUACCCACUGUUUGGUAAAAACUACCCAAUUUCUGUCCCUCCAGAAUAAACCCAGCAUCUGAUAUAAAACAUAACCCAGCAGUUCUUGUGUGUGUAGCUAUGCUGUUAUAUUGGGCUCUCAAUACACCGUAAAUAUGGCAAAGGAUGUGGAAAGGUUGGAGAGGGGCAAGCUCACUUUAGUUUCAGCUCAUUUUUAUUUGUGGAAAAAAACUUUUACUCAUAUUAAUCCACAAAGGUUUACUAUGCUCUCUACUAAUUCUAUACUUUAAGUUUUAAAUUCAGAUUGGUUCUCAGCUGGUGAUGAAGUACAUGUAAUGAAACAAUAUAUAGAAAUGCACCAUUUAGAGGGUUAAUUUGAACUGUCUGCAUGUAGAUUAGGUGACAUUUAAAAACUUCCUUACACAUGUGUGAAAAGUGGGACUUUAUGUCCUGCUUUUUCAGCACAAAUGUCCCAUGUCUGAAUUUCCUUUUGCUCCACAACAAAACAUGCCACUGUGGCUUUUUGUACAUUCUGAAAUGAUUUCCCAAGACUUGAAAGAGGCACUGCAGCCAGAGCCGGCCUAAGGCAUAAGCCAACUUUGCAGCAGUUAAGGGCCCGAGAGAGUUAUAAUUUAAUGCUCUUUGUGCACACUGUAACCUUUUUGAAAGUAGAGGAACAAGUGAUACCCAUUUUUUUCAGUGGUUGCUUGUGGACAUAACAUACAACUCUACAGAGUUCUUGAGAUAGCUUAAAUAAACUAUCCAGUGCUACAACCUUGAUGAAACUCUGACUGUGGCAUUAAUUUAUCUUCCAACUUUGGCAUUUGUGACAUAUUUCACUUUGCAUUUGAUUACCCCUCACAAGGUACACAUCUCAGUUUAUUUUAAAUGAAGCUGAUGCCAAUAGCUACUGUAUAUACUGUAAAUCUCCAUCACCCUUUAUUUCUAACUUUGCUUUAAACUGUUGGUUUAGUAUGUUGUAUAUUCCAUCAUUUAAUCUUGGUCUAGACCAGGGUGUUCAAACUCAUCUUAAAAAUAAUUUGCGAACUCUUUUCCAAUCAGUUGCGUUAAAAGUCGACUCAUGUUGGCUGCAGGACACAGACUCUUCAGUCAUUGUCCAUUUUUUCAUGGAUGUGUCUAGGACUCUGAACAUUUUGGUGCUUUGAAAAGAUGUUUGCAUUUCUUAGCAAAUAAAUAGAAAAAAGGAAGAAACAA